UUAAAAUAGGUAUUUACUAUUAACGUGAAUAUAUUGUAGUUAAUCAAUCAGGAAGUUUAAUAGAAGUUAUAAUAAACUGCAAAUAUUUUAAUCAAUACUAUACUCUACAUUAAAAACUUUAUUGAUCACAUACACCUUCAAAAUAUAACAACCAUUUACUGAUAAUUAAGCAAUAUGCAAUAAUAAGAUUUACAUUAUGUGUAAGUUUAUCAGACGUUUUUUCAUAACACAAACUAAUCAGUUUAGGAUAAGAACAGUAGACGAAAGUACACUGCCUUCAAAGUGUUUUUCUCUUUUCAAAUAAACUGUGUGUAUCGUUUGAAAACGAAAGAAAGUUUAGCCUAGUUUAAAAUCUAUUUUUAUAAACAUUCGCUGUAAAAGCUUAAAGUAUAUCAGUGAUAUUCACCCAGCGUAUAAAGUAGAUGUAUAUUUGUUAACACAGACAACUCGUUGUACAAAACAGGUAUUUAAAACUUAUAAAGCGACAGGUAGAGUGUUGUUACAAAAUAAUGGAAGUUCCUGGUAAAAGAGUGACGAAAGACACAAAUGCCAAACUGUGUAGUUUGUGUGAAGAUUAUGAUAUAACAAAUUAUGCCGAUGGAUUCUGCGUAGAAUGUGAAGUUAACAUUUGCAAUUCAUGUUUUGUGAAGCACAAAGGACGUAAAAUUAAUAGAAAUCAUUCCUUAGUAACAGUAGAUGAGUCGAAUCCAAUGAAAGUAACGGUUGGUGAUACGUAUGAAACAUGUCAAGAGCACAAUGGAGAAAUUGUGAAAUAUUAUUGCCCAAAGCAUGACCAAGUUGGCUGCGGAGAAUGCAUAAUUGUAUGUCAUAAUGGAUGCAAGUUAGAACUUAUUCGUAACAAAGCUGCUGAUUAUGAUAAUAGUCAGGAAUUUAGAAAUCUAAGAGAGGAGAUGAAUAAAUACAUGAAAGAGGCCGAAGAUAGUUUAUCAUUGGUAGCGAUCAACCGGCAACAGCUUUCCAAGUCCUAUGAGCAAUUCGUUCGCGACGUGGAGGCAUUCACAAACCAGGUAAUUGAGCGUAUACACAUAAUGAGGCAGAACGUUCUGAGUCAGGCUAAAAACGUUAUGUUGAAUGACAAGAGGAAAAUAGACGAUUUACAGAAAGAUACUGAUGACUUGAUAGCUGAUUUGACACGCCAAAACAACCUACUUGAGUCGAAAUGCGAUACACCCAACAAGCUCUUUGUAUCUUGUCUACUAAUGAAACCAGAAUUAAAAAGAACCCAGCACAAUUUGGAUUGUUUAAGAAAGAAAAAUGUUGUGACUCAGUAUAUGUUUAUGCAAGACAAAAUUCUAGCUGAAUCUAUUACAGAAAACAAGGUGAUUGGGAUGCUCAUUGAACAGUUGUCGGAAAGAAGUAAACAGCAUCAACAUGAAUUCAAGCAAAUUGAUUCUGCUGGUGAAGGGCAAGUUCGUAAUCCUUCACCUCAGCAUGUGCAUAGUCAGAUGAGAUACAAGCAGAUUGAAAAAGAAGUGGCGGAGAAAUGUACAAGAGAAGAUACGAUGAAGGCAGAGGCGCUCCAAAAGCUUCAACCAUUACUUGACAACAAACUAGUUUGCAAAAAUCUAAUCAUAGAUGGCGAAUGUCUCAAUUAUACUACGAUUGAACAAAAUGGUAUUGGAUUGUAUGUGUUCAAGGAGAUUGCACGUGGUGGAACAUCUAUUGAAUUUGAGAUAUUAAGAAUGGGUACAAGCGGGUCUUUAGCUAUUGGUGUAGUGCCAGAUAACUAUCCUGACAAUCUUCUACCGGGCGUAGGCAAUAUUCCUGUGGAUACCAUUCAGACGGCAAGGUAUUUAGCGGAAGCAAAUCCGGUGAAAAAUUUGGAGAUGCAUGGAAAGUCGGCGAUCGAAUCAAGUGCACAGUUUAUGAGUAAGUAUUUUAGCGUUGUUCGUUUCUACUGAGUUGCUUUAUUAGAU